GACGCGGAGCAACGCACGGUGUUCGCCUUCGUGCUCUGCCUACUCGUGGUGCUGGUGCUGCUGAUGGUCCGCUGCGUGCGCAUCCUGCUCGACCCCUACAGCCGCAUGCCCGCCUCGUCCUGGACCGACCACAAGGAGGCGCUUGAGCGCGGGCAGUUCGACUACGCGCUGGUCUGAAUGCGGGCGCGUCCCUCCGGCCGGCCUCCGCCGGGUCUCCCAGAACCCCGCCCCGCGGCCCCAACCCUCCCCUCGCGCCCUUCCGAUGCCCCUCUCGGCCAAGCGAAGCUCGCCCUCAUGCCCUAUCCUGUCCUCCCCACCUUUCACCAGCAUGGCUGGCCUCCCAGUCGAAUCCUCAGCUAGGAGCGCCCCAAGCGUGUAGGUGGCUUUGCUCUGCCCUGCCACCAGGCAUGAGCGCCAGCGUCUGUUCCUGGGGCUGGGAGCCCUGCUGUCCCCUCCUCCCUGUCCUCAUAUCCCCCUUAGGUGUUAGGCAGCCACGUCUGAGCCCACGUAGUGGACGUGCCUGCCGCUGUGCAUCCAGCCUGCCCCGGAGAUGGAGCCUUGGGCCAGUGUCCCGCCCAAGGAACAACAGUCACUGCUGUGUCCGGGACACAUCCAGGCCUCCGUGAGCGCUGGCAGGCCAGAGCCCCCUGCCCCUUACCCACCCGCUGUCUCUUCUGACGCUUCCUACCAUCUCUCCCAGGCCCCCUUCACUCCUCCCUGCCUUCGGGCAGGUCAUGGAAAUAAAAGCUGUUGUUCUUGA